UGGACGUCAAUCGUGGUUCGGACACAGCCCAUAAAGUUUGGGCUUAAGAUUCUUACAUGCCCACCUGUGCGUAGUGCGUACAAAUUUCGGCCGACGUCGAAUGAAGUCCAUAUAAUGAUCCAACGGUGAGGAAGAAACAAAGUGGGUCGUAAAUAAAAUCCACCGUAAGACAAAGCGUAGAAAGAUUAUUCUCCUGGGCCCGCGUGUGUGGAAUCCAGAAGCGAGUCGGUGAAAUCAUAAAAGGCAUCUCUCUCUCUGACGUUAUACAAAUUUCGAGAUUUCUUCGGCUUUCUACGACCUCUCCGCUUUUUGCUCUGCUUCUGUGUCUUCGUGUCAUUCUUCUCGCAGAUCUCGAAGAGCCCCCUUAAGUUUCUCAUCGAUUCGCAUAGUAACGGUACGGUUUUUCGAUGGGUUCUUCGUCGGGGCAACCCGAAUUUGAUUACUUGUUCAAAGUUUUAUUGAUCGGAGAUUCUGGUGUUGGGAAGAGCUCUCUGUUGUUGAGUUUCACAUCCAAUACGUUUGAUGAUCUCUCUCCCACAAUCGGUGUGGAUUUUAAGGUUAAGUAUCUUACCAUUGGAGAGAAAAAACUGAAGCUUGCGAUUUGGGAUACAGCUGGGCAAGAGAGAUUUAGGACGCUAACAAGUUCGUAUUACAGAGGAGCUCAGGGUAUAAUCAUGGUUUAUGAUGUGACACGACGAGACACAUUCACAAAUCUAUCAGAUAUAUGGGCUAAAGAGAUCGAUCUCUACUCGACUAAUCAGGAUUGCAUCAAGAUGCUUGUUGGAAAUAAAGUCGAUAAGGAGAGUGAAAGAGCUGUCACUAAGAAAGAAGGCAUAGACUUUGCUAGAGAGUACGGAUGUUUGUUUCUCGAGUGUAGCGCAAAGACUCGGGUCAAUGUUGAGCAAUGUUUCGAAGAGCUUGUUCUUAAGAUUUUGGAAACGCCGAGUCUCACUGCUGAAGGUUCCUCUGGAGGGAAGAAGAACAUCUUCAAACAGAACCCAGCACAGACCAGCAGUGCUUCAUCGAGCUACUGUUGCGGUUCUUAGACACGACUUUAAGGUUUUAUGACACAAAAAAAACACACUCUUGGCUCGUCUUUCGUGUUCUUGAUGGUCUCUUUGUUUCCCCAAAAACUGCAUCAUCUUGGAUGUAAAUCUUUAACCCUGAUUUCAAAGUUGUGUUCACUGGUUUCUUCUAAUCUGGGAUCAUUCACCUCUUCCGAGCACACAACCAAGCGAUAGUUAUAAAUUAAG